AUGAGGAUGCUGCUGCCCUCCGCUCUGGCUGCGCGCCUGCUGGGCGCCUUCAGGCAGCCCCUGCUGCACUCGCUCUGGAGGGGCCUGGCCCCCCUGCUGUACUGGCUGAGGGCAGCCUUCUGGUGGCCAGGUACAGGGAAGGGACAGCAGCCGGUCGGAGAGAGAGCUGAGGGGAGCCAGGAGGAGGAGGCGGACGGCGACCUGCCCAUCACCCCCACGAGCGUCAACUACCACUUCACGCGGCAGUGCAACUACAGGUGCGGCUUCUGCUUCCACACGGCCAAGACGUCCUUCGUGCUGCCCCUGGAGGAGGCCAAGAGGGGGCUGCUCCUGCUCAAGGAAGCCGGGAUGGAGAAGAUAAACUUCUCUGGCGGAGAGCCCUUUCUUCAGGACCGGGGCGAGUACCUGGGCCAGCUGGUGAAGUUCUGCAAGCAGGAGCUCCUCCUGCCCAGCGUGAGCAUCGUGAGCAACGGCAGCCUGAUCCGGGAGAAGUGGUUCAGGGACUACGGUGACUACUUGGACAUUCUCGCCAUUUCCUGUGACAGCUUUGAUGAGGAAGUCAACGUCCUUAUUGGCCGUGGCCAAGGAAAGAAGAACCAUGUGGAAAAUCUUCAAAAGCUGAGAAAGUGGUGCAAUGAUUACAGAGUGGCUUUCAAGAUCAACUCUGUCAUCAACCGGUUCAACGUGGACGAGGACAUGAACGAGCAGAUUAAAGCCCUGAACCCUGUUCGCUGGAAGGUGUUCCAGUGCCUCCUGAUUGAGGGCGAGAACUGUGGAGACGAUGCCCUGAGAGAAGCACAAAGAUUCGUCAUCGGUGACGAAGAGUUUGAAGAAUUCUUAGAGCGUCACAAAGGAGUGUCCUGCUUGGUGCCCGAGUCCAACCAGAAGAUGAAAGACUCCUACCUUAUCCUGGAUGAAUAUAUGCGCUUUCUGAACUGCAGAAGUGGCCGGAAGGAUCCUUCCAUGUCUAUCCUGGACGUUGGAGUGGAAGAAGCUAUAAAAUUCAGUGGGUUUGAUGAACGUAUGUUUCUGAAGCGAGGAGGAAAGUACGUCUGGAGCAAGGCCGACCUGAAACUGGACUGGUGACGCUGUCAGCAGAGCAAGGGCCAACCCACCGGAGGCCAGCCCCACGUGUGGCUGCCGUGGUCUACAGGACCUGCACACUGGUCUUUCUCAGUGGCCAGAAACCUGCGCAUCAUGUCGAAUUGCCUGUGGGCACUGAACAUAGAAAUCACCUGCGGAACUGAAGUCCACACUUCAGUUAGUUGGCUUAGUGCUGUAUUGUUAUUUAAAAGGUUCUCAGCCGACUGUGAACAAGAGCACAAUCAUCUAGUUCAAAGAUGCCUUGGUGAGAAAUAAGCUACAAGGAUACCUGGGCAAGGGAGGGGGGAGCAAUCCAUAAUUCCAAUGGAUUUGGUAUUUUCAGCAAAAUUUCCUGUGACUGCUGUGUUUUUAUUUCAAAGCUAUUUUUUCCAGUUUCGUUUUUGUCUUUCUUUUAUUUGAUCAUCAGUUAUUUCCUGCUAAACACUGAUUGAAAUGUCACUUUUCACCUUAGAAAUAUUAUCAAAUACUGCCUCCAGUUACUUCUGCUUAUUGUAAAGCUCCUUCAUUUUCUGUCUUUAGAUCACUGAAAUCUUGGGAAUUUUAUUUAGAAUURUAGAAAUGGUCCACAGACAUUUUAAUGAACAAUGAAGGAAACCCACCUAUCUCCAAGGAGCACCUGCUUCUUGAGCAAGGGGACCCCUGGUGCCCGUGCUGUCUGUGCUACACAGAUUCUUCUUCAAAGACCCUUGGCACAACCAGCAGACUCCACGUUCCCUGAGAUGGAACAAGAGUGGGACUUCAAUUGCUGUGAACACCUACUUUUCAGGGCAUGGGAGUGUCAAGUGAAAACGUGACUUUUCAUUUGACCAGAUGUUUGUCUUCAAAGCUCUGAAAAUUGACAGUGUGGGCUAUUCCAUAAAAACCCGCCAAGUGCACCUGCAGUUUAUGCAAGUGAAGCCACAGCACACCUUAUAGCAUUUCUCCUUUAACGUUGAGUCAGUGGAAACAAGAUACAGUCUAGGCCAGUAGGAGAGAAAACUCUUCCUUUCUUUUCUAGCUCUAAGAGGGAAGCAUAGGAAAUAAUGACACUUGAUCAACAUUUUCUCCUUGUAUAAAUACAUCAUGUGGUUUCAUUAUGUAACUUAGAUAGUAUCUCGUUACCUGGAAUAGAAUAAUUUCCUAUCAUUGUUUCAAGGAAGCAAAAUCAUAGAAAUUUUUUUUUUUUUGCCAAUUUAAUUAGACUGCAAUUCCAGAAGGCCUCACUAGGGGGCACUUUAGUGUCUCAUUUCAUUUGGAAACUUGUAGAAAUUUCCCUGUUCAUAAUCAAAUUUCAGGACUUGGUAAUUUUGUUUCUUUUUUGUUUUAUGACUUUCCCUUUUUUAUUGUAUGUUUUUGUUUUUGCAGCACUGGGGCUGGAACUCAGGGCCUUUUACAGGGCUUGGUGAUUUUGAAAAGUUUGGUUUUGUGAUUUUUUUUUUCUUAAAAAAUAUAUUCCUAUUUUAGUUUUUAAGUCAUAUAAUUCAACUGAAAUAUGUGUAUCCCAUCCAAAAUUAGAUAAUUGUUUGUAUUUUCUACUUUUUUUCCUUUUUCAAGAGAAAAAAAUGAAUCAGGAAACGUUUUCCCCAGGGGUUUUGAUGGCACCUAAGCAGGCCUUGCCAGAUGUAAUCAGCUGGAACAUGAAACAGAUUUGUCGUUUGCAUGAGUGUGCUUUGGCCCUGUGUGAGAAAGCCCUGAGAUGCUCUGAUGUGCUGCCAGGGCUCAGCCAGCUGAUCUGAAGGCAGGUCCCACUGAAGCCCAAAUCUUCUGAAGUGGAUUAGAUUUAUUUCUAGUUGAGGGAAACUGCUUGUCUUUCCUCUAAGGAAAAUAUGAUGCAAAACAAGAGGUGCAUUUGAGAUAUAAGCUAUUUUAAGUAUAUUUUCCAGCUGUUUGAGCUGCUAUUAACCCUCUCAUUUACCGUCAGGAUUUGUAAAGCAUUGAUGUUUAAAAUAUUUAAAUGUCCCUUUUUCUUAAAAGGAAGAAAUGGGAAUUUUUAACACUGCAAUAAUAUUUAAGCUCACAUAGUGUUUUACAUAGUGUUUUGCUUUUUUUUCCGUUUUAAAUAUGAGUGUUAGUUUUGUGGAAAAUGUUGCUUCUUAUUGAGACAAUGAAGCAUAGUUUAGUUAUAUAUCUUACUUCAAGUGUAAGUACAAAUGUUUUGUGGUGCUUUCAAUUAUUGCUUAAGUUCAGUGUCCACUUGGCACUAACCAUCUCUAUUAUUAGAUGAUAUAUCAUAGAGCAGUUUCCUUUUUUUCCCCCCAAAUUGAAGGUGAUUGAGCUCGUUUCACUGAAUUAUCUGAAAAAUAGGCCCUAUUUUAUCUCUAUCAGAUUUUGGAGUCCAAUUGCUGCAUAGACUGAAAACCAAAUAAGCAAACACUGUAGCAAUAAGGUCCCUUUAAGCAAUAAUGUAUUAUGUGUGUUUUGCUCUUGUUGAAAGUAUUCUAUUAAGUAAGUUGUGUUUGGACAGAGACUGUUUUGUAACA